UCUAUCAACGUGAUAUAUUUAAAUGUACAUAGGUAGGUGGUACAUAUGAUGCGCAAUGCAUAUUUUCAAGGUUAAAUACAUUUCUAACUGCAUAAUGUUAUAAGAUAAAUGGUAGUGCGUAGAUGAUUUUUUUACAUUUCAAAAUUAAUUGCAUUAUCGCGAUCGGACAAACCUGUUCACUGAUGGGUGGGAACAUUACUGCGUAAAUAACAACAGUGUACCACUCAUAAGCUUGACAUGUGACUGGUUUAAAAUUUCACAGUGACUUCCGUGCGCAACAAUAAUAAUUCGCUUCUCACUCUUUUACCAGAUAGUUUCGAGGUUUCGUGCUUUAGGUUAUGUUGUGCAUAUCACCAUCAGUGCAAACAAAUUCUUAAUCGUUUUUAUACAUUGUGGAUGGCCCUCUUAAGACAGGUUUUAGUAUAAAUACCGUGAUACGAAAUAUGAAAAACUAUACGAAGGGUUUAUAUAUUGUAAAACAAUUAGAAUACUAUUUAAUGAUACUAUACUGUACUGCUUCACUUCACUAAUUCGAUAUAUAGGCCAAGGUUUGCACUUUUUAAAUAAUCAUAUCCGACAUAGAUACAUAUACACACAAACUCUGAAUAUAUGUAUUCAUCGUCAUAUGAACUACUACUUUGUAGGUGCAAUAAUAAAACAGUGUAAUGAACGUAGGAUUAUCCACAUAUGAUGGUUUGGAGAAAGAGACAAAUUCUAAUAAUGCAUUGGAAAGUGAAGGAGGAACUACAAAAAAAUUGGCUAGAGGUAUAUCUCGAGCAACUGAAAAUGCAGCUAUUGUCUCUUAUGCUCGUUCACAGUUAGCUACUAUAGGAUCUUUAGAUACUCCAGAAUUCACAUUCUCAUUACCUGAUCUAACUCUAUAUCCAGAUUCAUUUCGUCAAUUCUUGGAAAAAGAUUUAAUAGAAGGUGGAUGUUUAACUUCUUUAGAAGCUGCUGGUCGUUUAAAUUGGUGGUGUGGGGGUAAAAAUGAAACUAACAGAGUUUUAUGGCCUUUGGCAACAUCAGGAGAUGGCAAUUGUCUUCUACAUGCAGCUUCUCUUGGCAUGUGGGGCUUUCAUGAUAGACUUCUUACACUAAGAGAAGCAUUACAUAAUACUUUAGCCAAAGGAGAAUAUAGACAUGCUUUAUUUAGAAGAUGGAAGUGGCGUCAAAUAGGCUUAAAUGCAGCUUCAGGAUUGUCUUAUACAGAAACAGAAUGGUUAACAGAAUGGCAAACUAUUGUAGAUAUGGCUUCUCCUAUUUUUAGAAAUCAAACUGCUACUUCUUAUCAAAGUCUUGAAGAAGUACAUGUAUUAACUUUGGCUCAUGCUUUAAAAAGACCUAUAAUAGUAAUAGCAGAAACUAUGUUAAAAGAUGCAGAAGGUGUAGCUUUAGCUCCAAUUCCAUUUGGUGGAGUGUAUCUACCAUUAGAAGUAUCUCCAUCACGUUGUCACAGAACGCCAUUGCUUUUAGCAUAUCAUUCAGCUCAUUUUUCUCCUCUUGUUACUGUGGAUGGAGCGAGUGAUUUUGGAGAUGCUUCUAAUGAAGGUGUUAGCAUACCUCUUAUAGAUCCGGAUACAGGUCAAUUAUUGCCAGUUUUAUUCGCGGUAGAUCCAGGACCUGAUUGGGAUUGGGAAGAAAGUUUUCAAGAUUUAUUAACUUGCCAACAAGAUACGAUGGAAAUUUUGUUGCGGCAAUAUUUAGAUUGCGAAUAUCAAAAUUUUACAUCGGAAGAAAUCGAAAGAUUGUCCGAUACUGACGGUUCAUUAUCUAAAACGGCGAAACAAUUGCUUGGUGUUGCUAAACAAUUUGGAUCAAUUAGAAAAUCUGUUAGUAAAAAAUUGUGGUCCAUGACAAAGAGACCAAAGAAUUUACCAACAACAGCAGGUGGACUUUCUACAGAAGGUUUAUUAUGUGUAAAGAUUAGAAGUAGACGUCAUCAGUAUGUGGAUCAGAUGCUUCAGAAUUAUCUUCAAUGUGCACAUGCAAGGUAUUUGCAAGAUCAUAAAGUUGACGAAACUGGUAGUGAAAUGAAUUAUGGUGCAGGCAAAUCCAAAUUCUAUGCUGUCAGCGAUCGAGACAGUCAUGCAAGCGUUAGUAAAUUGUUACCGACUAAUCCAAAUAAAGAUCGUACGCUUUAUCUUUCAAGAUCUACUUUUUAUAAUGAUCAACCAUCAUCUUAUAAACCAGGGCCAGAGCUAUGGAAUAGCAACAAUAGUUUGACUAUUGUUAAAGAAUGUCGGAAUGAAGAUUGCCAAUUUUUCGGUUCAGCGGAAAAUGAUUACUAUUGUUCACAAUGUUGGGCAAAUAGACGUUAUCGUUGAGAAAUUAAUUUCAACGAUAUAUGACAAUAAUAACUGUUUAAUAUUGUUCAAAUUAAAUGAAGUAUAAUCAGAUUUAAUCAUAACAUCAAUCAUUUUAAAGUGUUGCUUGAAAGAAAUAAUUGUCUCACAAAAUUUUCUUCUUCCUAGUAUAUUAUUCAUUUUAUUUCAUUUUUUUAUUUCAAAUUGGAUAAUAUACUAAUUCGUAUUUUGUAAUAAUAAAUGUAUUUUCUUCUUUAAAAGUGCUUGUGCAUGGUCUAAUAUUAUCAGUAUCGUUCAAAUUUUUCAAUUAUAUGUAUUUCUUUUCUUUUUAUUUAUUGAUAUUCAUCUCACUAAAAAGCAUAUCAAAUGUACAGGGUUUAUCUCGCUUUGAACAUAUAUGUACAAUAAAAAACAUCAUUUAUACAUAGCUUAUAAGUCUGAAUCUUUCUAAACGAAAAAAAAUUAUAUUUUCAAGUAACAAUACAUCUGUAUUUCCAUGACAAGCGAAUUUCUGAUUUUUGCACGUGCCUUCUUGCAUAAUAUAAAAAUUAUAAACAUGAUGCUAAUACUCGAUUUUUAAUAUUGCGAUGAGAAAUUGUUUUCUGUCGUAAAUAUCUGUGCUUCUAAUAUACUUGUGCUUUGUACAAUUUAACUCGCGCAUCGCUGGAUCACUGAUUUUAUAAGUGAGAUUAUUUAAAAAAGCGCGGUUUUGAUAUUAAACUAUACGAUAUAAUAUUAAACUAUAUCAAGUCAUUCAAUGUAUUCAAUCUUAUUGCCUGUUAGGCAAUUUAUUAUGUUAAAAUUGUGUGAAAAUAAAACAUAUUU